UGGCAGACCAACAAGGGUGCGUUCACAAUACAUCAACGGUUCUACCCUGUUACACUUGGUCUUCGAUAAUCCAGUGUGACUGUGAAUUAACUAUUUGAAAUGGCCGUUUAAUUCGAUACCAAAUGUCAAUAUGAGACUUUUGGUAGGAGUAGUGCUUUAUACCAAUAAUUCAGAUUGGCAUUAUCCCGGACAGCUACAGCCGGCUUCGAGGGGUCCUUCAGUCUUGGAGGAAUUUAUAGUGUUGCCAACUUAGCGACUUUGUCGAUAUAUUUAGCGAGUAUUCAGACCCCUCUAGCGACACUUUUUCAAACAAUCGACUAGCAAUAAAUCUAACAACUUUUUCUGGUGUUAUUGGAUACUUUUGGGAGACUCUGACGUGAAAGCACGUAUCGUUCUUACUCUUCUCAACAAGCAGCGGGUGCUGCCGUGGGCCCCACCCUCGUCCCAAAGCACUCGCAGGCGGCUCAGUCGACGCGCAGCAGUCCCUCCCAGCUGCAGUCAGAGCAGGAGAAAUGAAUCGCGCAUAAGGGAAGCCGCCGCUGUCUGAUCCCGCCCUGGCUUACAUUCAGGGCGGGAUGUAAAUGUAAAAUGUUCUUUGUCUAAAAUAAAAUCACUGCACAAAAAUAAAUCACUGCAUUUGGCUCACACAGCCUCAGUCACUUACUCACCUCGUCCACUGUGUGUGUGCCUCUCUGUGACAUAAGCUAAACAUCUAGCUGGCUAGCUCAUCAUGUCUCAGUCUAAACUGUACACUCAAAAAUACAGAAAGGAGUAGGAAUCAAACCCUGAAUUCAAAGGCUGGUUGAAGCCGUUUAUUGGAGAUGAUACACGGGCAUACUGCCUGUAUUGUAAGGCUGAUUUCUAUGCCAAACUUAGUGAUGUAAAAAAACACAUGACAACUCAAAAACAUACUCAAAAGGCAAAGCCUUAUAACAGUUCCACCCAAAACAAGCUGCCAUUUAUGGUUUUAAAAAAAUUGACUCUGCAAAAAAGGCUGAGGCCACCAUGGCAUUAGCUAUCGCUGAACACUGUUCCAUGCUGGCAUGUGAUCACAUUGGAGAAGCAUGUAGAGCUGCUUUCUCAGACUCCACUGCUGCUACCCACUUCAAAAUGCACAGGACAAAGUGCACAGAAAUGAUUAAUGGUGUUCUAGCACCAUACUUUCUGAGAAAGUUGGUCACAGAUGUGGGUGACCAGCGUUUCAGCCUCCUCCUCGAUGAGUCCACGGAUGUAAGUGUUUCUAAGUACCUGGGGGUUGUGAUAAGGUACUUUAGUGACACCAAGCAGACAAUUGUAUCAACAUUUCUGGGGCUUGUUGAGUUGGGAGGGAGGAGAUGCCAAAUCUAUAGCCCGUGCUGUUGUGGCUUUCCUCGAGAAGUGUUGUCUUAAAAAAAGAGAAACUCCUGAGGAUAUGGACUGACAAUGCCUCUUAUGACGGGGAUUAACAAUGGGGUCCAUAACGUGCUGAAGGAGGAGUAUGGCCUCAAAGAUCUGGUUCUUAUUCGCUGUGUGCCACUCUCUGCAGCUUGCUGUAAGUCAUGCUUCCAAUGACACCAUCCCCCAUAGUGUGGAGUACUUGCUACGAAAGACAUAACUGGUUUUCAGUGUCUCCAAAGCGCAGGGAGGCCUACAUGGCCAUAUAUGAGACCAUCAACUGUGGGGUGAAACCUUUACAGAUAACCAAGGUGUGUGCCACACGUUGGCUCUCCAUUGAACCCGCGGUUUCACGCAUUUUGGACUAGUGGGAGGAGCUUAGGCUGCAUUUCGCAGUCACCAAGUCCAGUGAACACUGCUACAUGGCUGAGGUUUUAUACUACAUGUACAGUGAUCCUCAAAACAUAUUGUAUCUGACUUUUUUGAAGUCAGUGCUGGGUGAGGUACAGUUGGCCAUCAAGGCUUUUGAGGGAGAGCAAGUAGAUCCUCUUAAGCUACUUGACAGCUUGGUUAGCCUGAUCAAGUCUGUGAGCAGCAGGGUGCUGAAUCCACUGGCAAAUGUUGAUGUACUCAAAGGGCCAAUAGAUGGAUACAUCAGUCCCAAACCGUACCUUGGUUACCUUUUGAGUCAAAGGCAGCUGAGCUCCACCUUGCGCCUGAGGAUGAAAACAAUGUCUGAAAGCGGUGUGUAGCCUUCACCAUCUCCCUCACUAAUGAGUUGAGGGUGAGACUGCCGGACAACAUCGAAGCAUUGCAGUACAUGUCAGUUUUCAAUGUGGAGGAAACUCCAAAGAAAAAAUAGCCAAGCUCCUUGGCUACUCCCCUGCAGAGAUAGACAAGAUUGUCCAGCAAUGGCGUGCCAUCCAUCUUAGUAAAUGGAAUGAGACAAAAACACACUGGGCUUCUGGAGUGAGAUUUGGAAGUUCAGGGAUGCAGCUGAUAUCAACCCAUUUCAAGAACUUGCCAUGGCUGCUGUGUCUGUGUUGUCCUUGCCAGACUCGAAUGCUGAAGUCGAGAGAGUAUUCAGCCAGAUGAGUGUGGUAAAAAGCAAACUUAGAAAUCGGAUGUCCUUGCAGACCCUUAACUCCAUCCUGUACAUUCGAUAUGGACUGAAGCUGUCUGGUGAGGCUUGCUAUGAGCACCAGUUGCCUGAUAAUGUUUUGCAGCUUUUUGGCACAUCAGCUGCUUACUCAUUUAAGUCAGCUCCCUCAGUUGCUGAACCUGCCAUAGAGAGCCUUGACCAAAAUGACCAUGACCCACUCUUUCUGUGUGUGUGUGUGUGUGUGUGUGGAGGGGGGUCUGGGAAAAAAACAAAACAAUUAACCUGAAUUAGGGCUAGACUAGUUACCAUAAUUUUCUCACAUUGCCAUUGACAGUUUUUUCUAUUGUCUCUUUUUGGUCCAUUUAGAUUGUUAAUGUAGAUUGUAUACAAAAAAAAUGUUUAAAUGUUAUGGUUAAAAAUGAAAGCCUUGUAGUUCUAAACAUAUUUAGGGUGUUUUUUACUCACUUUUUGUCUCUCCCACGACGUUAUUCCUCUCUCCUACAGCGUCCAUCACAAUUACAUGCACAUGGCAAUUAUGCAUAUUAGGUAAUGACGUCAUUUAGCGACUUUUAGGACAGCCAAUAGCUACUUUCCUUACUGAGGAAUUGGCAACACGCCAGAGGAAAGAAUAGUAGCUAGCGGUUAAUGGUGGUCAACAUGCCGACUGUCAGUGUCAAAAGGGAUCUUCUGUUCCAUGCCUUGGGCAGAACAUACAGUAAGAAAUGUUACUUACCUUUUUAAGUAAUAGAUAUUCAGUAAAUUGUACAAUUAAACUAGUCUGUUUCUGCGUUGUGUUUUCAGACAGAAGGUACCUAGAUAUAGCGAGAUAGCUACCUAGCUGCUGUGGCUACUUAGCUUUAGCUAACAGUGGCUGAUGCCGUGGCAAUAACAGCAUAUCACGCUUUUUUUGUGGGUUGUUUAACAACAUAUCACAUAUUUUACAUACACAACGGCAUCUACUCUGUUUCUACUGAAUAGUGAUUGAAAACAUGAUUUGAUAGUGUUGACAGAACUGAUGAUGCUUGUUAUUUCACGACGAUUGCAUCAUUUCCCUGUCCAGACCUAUCCUAGCCUACUACUGAGCACCACAUAGCUACGUCCAUUUAACUAGUAAAAUCUGAUUAGAUGAAGAAUGGAGGUGGGACCAUAAUAACCGAAUUAUUCCAACAUAUUAAAAUGUUAUUCUCUUUCCCCUUGAUUUCAGCUGAUGAAGAAUUUGAUGAGUUGUGUUUUGAGUUUGGGCUGGAGCUCGAUGAGAUUGUGAGUAGAAGACUGUGAGGAUGAACCUCAACCAUAUCCACUUGUUUGUGUGAUAACCAAUUUAGGGUUUUCUGGCAAACUAUCCUCCCUCUAACCCUGUCCUUCAGACCUCCGAGAAGGACAUCAUCAGUCGUGAGCAGGGGAAACACCAAGGCAGAGGGGGCGUCUGAUGUGAUUCUGUAUAAGAUUGAUGUCCCAGCUAACCGCUAUGACCUGCUGUGUCUGGAAGGACUGGUCAGGGGCCUGCAGGUCUUCAAGCAGAAGUAUGUAAACACAUCUAUAUGGAGAAUUGUGUGCUUAAACAUGACUCUUACAUUGCCAAAGUACUUCAGCUUGUGCUGCUUUAUCGUGCGUGUUGUGUCUUCAGCUGUGUAUUGACAUGUCCAUGUGUGUCUGCGCUCCAGGAUGGAAGCCCCUCGCUACAGGCGUGUGAGUCCAGCCAGCAGAACGCCUCAGAGGCUGGUCAUCACAGAGGAGGUGGGUGGAAAACACGGACCAGAAUAUCUGUUUAAUGACCUGGGUUUGGGGUGUAGGGUUUGUUCAUUUGGUCAUCACAGAGGAGGGGGGUGGAAAACAUUGACUGGACUUUCAGUUUAAGGUUCUGGGCAGAGUGUAGGGUUGGUUCAUACAUCUUGUCAUGAAUGAAUCACCUCAGCAGUCCUUUGUGACAAGAUGAUGAAUUAAGAUAUUGAACUAUUGAUGAAUGCCUCUACAUUUGUAGAGUCUGUGCAAAGGAGGCUUUGGGUCAAUUGUUGGAAGUAAGAUAUUUUUUUAGAGAUGAAUGAGAGAAUCCUGACCGACUUUGGGUGCCCCUGUGUGCCUGUCGCAGACGGCUGCUGUGCGACCCCACGCUGUGGCUGCAGUCCUGAGGAACAUCACCUUCACACAGGAACGCUACGACAGCUUUAUCGAACUACAGGAGAAACUCCAUCAGAACGUCUGUAGGUUAGUCAGACACCUAUCACAUCUCUACCUUCAUAGAAAAAUAUAUAGAACUCACACACACAGGUUUAACCAACUCAGUGGCCUUGAGGUUAGUGUCUGCCCUGAGAUUGGAUGGUUGGGGGUUCUGUCCCCGUUUGAGUCAUACCAAAGACUCUGAUGCAUCUAUGCUUGGAUUGGGGUAAGGCCCUGCGACAAUGUAGCGUCCUGUCCAGGGAGUGUACAUGUACAUCAAGCUGUCUUACGCUACAGAAACAGGAGAUAGGCUCCUGGCCAUAUGGGCCAUUCUGGCUCGGACAAGGUUUACUUACACACACGAUUUUACCUCUGCAUAUUUAUUGUCAAUGUUUUGGUCAGAGACCUUUUUCAAUACCGUGCCUCAUACCUCCGAGAUGGCUUUCAGUCUAUUCUUCUCUGGGAGUCUCUGAGAUGUGUUUGUCUCAGUGGAUGUUGUGACAAUGUGUGUGAGUUGACUGUAAUGUGUGCUCUGUAGGAAAAGGACUCUGGUUGCCAUCGGCACCCAUGACCUGGACACCAUUUCAGGCCCCUUCACCUACACAGCCAAGCCACCUGGUGACAUCCGCUUCAAACCUCUCAAUCAGGCAAAGGAGUACACCGCACAGGAACUCAUGAGCCUCUACAAGGUGAGCAGGGAUUGGCUACAGAGAUCAUGAGCCUCUGUAAGAUGAGUUGUGAUUGGCUAUGGCUAGAGAUCUUUUAUUUCUGUCGUCCAAUGUUUCAAUUUGUUUGUAUUUCUCCCUCUCAGACAGACAGCCACUUGCGACACUAUCUGCACAUCAUUGAAGACGAGCCUUUAUAUCCUGUCAUCUAUGACAGCAACGGCAUUGUCUUGUCUAUGCCUCCAAUCAUCAAUGGUGAGGACACACACAUAUACACAGGUUAUAAGCCAAAACUAUUAACCUAGUGGACUUCCAAUAUUGAUUAACCCAUCGUAUGCUGUAGAUACUGUUCUAACAGUCCCCCCUCUGUUGUUUUUCAGGGGACCAUUCCAAAAUCUCCUUGAAUACAAAGAAUGUUUUUAUCGAGUGCACAGCCACUGAUCUUACCAAGGCAAAAAUCGUGUUGGACAUGAUGGUGACGAUGUUCUGCGAGUAUUGUGAAGAGCCUUUCACGUGAGUCCAGGCAACAGCUGUUUAGAUUUCUAUCACUGAAAUGAAGUAACUAAUAGCUGAACCUAAUGUUUUUUUAGUGUAAAAUAAGACCAUGAAUUAUUGGAAAUCUGUCAAAGUUAUAGUCGUAAGAAGUUCCUUUGCCCGGCCCCACUUUAAAAGACUAAUCUUGAUCUAUCUCACAUUAUCUCUCUCAGGGUAGAGGAGGCUGAGGUGGUGUACCCAGACGGCAGGACCUGCCAGUACCCGGUACUGUAUCCCCUACCAUCACUCUGUAGUCUGUAUCCUAUUGUGUGAAAAUAUAUUAGAACCCACUGGUCAAUAUGUACAUUCAGACUACCACAUGCUAUUCGUAACCCUCUACCGUCCUGCUAUACCAUGUGACCUCAGGAGCUGGCUUACAGGAAGGAGACUCUGUCAGCAGACUUCAUCAACCGCAAAGUUGGCAUCAGGUAACUAAGUGGCUUCAAAUAAUAUCCAACCCUGUUCGUGUAGGGCAACCAUCCUGUAGGUUUUCACUCCAACCCUAAUCUAGCGCAUAUGAUUAAAUAAUUAGCUGGUUGAUAAGCUGAAUCAAGUUAAUUACAACUGGGGUUGGAGUGAAAACCUACAGGAGGGUAGCUUUCCAGGAACAGGGUUAGAGUUAAAACCUACAGGAGGGUAGCUGUCCAGGAACAGGGUUGGAGUUAAAACCUACAGGAGGGUAGCUGUCCAGAAACAGGGUUAGAGUUAAAACCUACAGGAGGGUAGCUGUCCAGAAACAGGGUUGGAGACCCCUGCUCCAAAUGCUAAGUAGAAUGCUUCCAACAUGCCUGCAGAUGCUUAUAAAUGGUUUACAUUUACAUUGAUAUAUUUAGCAGAUGCUCUUAUCCAGAGAGACUUACAUGAGCGAUUAGGGUUAAGUGCCUUGCUCAAUGACAAAAAUGUUUUAACCUAGUCGGCUCGGGGAUUCGAACCAGCAACCUUUCAGUUACUGACCCAACGUUCUUAUCCGCUAGGCUACCUGCUGCUGUUUAAUGGUUGUUAUGGUUUGUUUGUCUCCAGUGAGUCGACUGAGCACAUCGCCCAGCUAUUGACCAAGAUGUGCUUGCUCUCAGAGGUCAUGAGCGACGGCGAACAGAUCGAGGUGGAGAUCCCGCCCACGCGCUCUGACGUCAUCCACGCCUGUGACAUCAUGGAGGAUGCCGCCAUGGCGUACGGUUUCAACAAUAUUCCCCGCACCACGCCGCGCACCUAUACCGUAGCCAAUCAGGUGAAUAGAUUCUUCAGCAGGUUAUUCAUUAACGAAGUUGAUUGGUUGUUGCCGGGCGCUGCUGGUUGGGUGGUAUUAAGUGGUGAGAUCUGUGACUGUUGUGUUUUUAGCUCCCACUGAAUAAGCUGUCAGAGCUGCUGAGACAGGACCUGGCUGCUGCUGGAUUCACGGAGGCCCUCACCUUCGCCCUGGUAAUGACCUCACACACACUCACUCUCUCUCCCUUUGUGGACCCCAGGAAGAGUAGCUGCUGCAAAAGCUAAUGGGGAUCUAAAUAAAUACACACACACAUUUUCAUGUGUUCUAUCUGUCUUCCUGUGCAGUGUUCUCAGGAGGACAUAGCUGACAAGCUGUUGAAGAACAUCUCGGAGACCAGAGCAUGUCACAUCUCCAACCCCAAGACAGCGGAGUUCCAGGUGAACCACCAUUACCUUAGAUUAAUCAUGUCUCAAUGAUAACAUUAUAAACGGUCCCCCUUUGGUCUCUGAAUGAUCUCUUACGAUUGGUAUACACUACACCAAUUAUCAAGUAAAACAGUUGAAUGGAUUCUGUCACCCCCUGUUGAUGUGAGGGGUUUUCUACAUAAGAGGGUGCUGUGUGACUUGGUGGGUGUGUCAGAGGCUGGUGGUGGCGUUAACGGCGGCGCUCGUCUUCUCCACCAGGUGGCGCGCACCACCCUGCUCUCAGGCCUGCUGAAGACUGUGGCUGCCAACAGGAAGAUGCCUCUGCCUCUCAGGCUGUUUGAGAUCUCAGACGUGGUGCUCAAGGAUGAAACCAAAGGUGUGUGUGGGUGUGACCCAAGUAUUCAUAAUAGAGGGUAUUCAUGGAUAUGUGUAGAAAUAAUGUCAUUGUAUGCCUGCCUUUCUAAUUUCUUUAUUAGGACAAACAUUCAUUUACAUACUGAUUCCCUCAUACUCAAGAAUACACACACUGUCUUUUUCAGUUUUUAAAGACAUCCUACAGUAUAUCCUAACGGCCAUGUUGUCCUCUCCUCUACUCUCCCUCUGUCAGACGUGGGGGCCAGGAAUAACCGUCGUCUGUGUGCCGUCUACUACAACAAGAGUCCUGGGUUCGAGGUGAUCCACGGCCUGAUGGACCGGGUCAUGCAGCUGCUGGAGGUCAAACCAGGCCAGGGCGAUGGCUACCACAUCCAGGCUACCGACGGUAAGACAACCAGGGAACCAUCUCAGUCAUUUAAAUUGGACUCCGUUUCCUUCAAUGGCAACUGAUUGGUGAAAGCUCUGGAUAGGUUUUCUACUGUAAUUCAAAAGACUAUUGUAGUGUGAGACAGUCCUGUCAUCCCAGUGUGGGACUUGGGCCAUCUCAGUAGUCUAAACUGGAAGGAAAUAAAAAUAGUCGUUUAGACUACUGAGAUGGUCCCAUACUGGGAUGACAGGACUGUCUCACACUACAAUAGUCUUCUGAAUUGCAGUAGAAUGCCACCUAGAAAGUCCCAUAUCAGUUCACGCCUAUCCUCAACAUACAGUACAGUUGUGGCUGUAUUUCCAGAGCCGGAAUGAAAUAUUGUGAUUAUAGGGGGUAUUUUGUCGACUCUAGCGAAGUGAAUGUUUUCCCAUUGCACUAAUGAAGCCUGUUCCACAAAUCAGUGUUUUUAUGAGCUGUGGGUUCUGCAGGGCUCCAGUAGCUCUAACCCCUCCCACUCCCCUCACCACAGGAUGUGUGUGGCUCUCCUGACACAAUCAGACAUUGGGGAAAUCGAUCGGCUCAAGUACCACAGAAAGAGGGGGGGUGAAGAGGGAGAGCAGGGGUGUGGAAGGUGAAGUUAGAAAGAAAGAAAGAGGGAGAUGGCGGGUAAGAGAGCGUGUAGUCAGCAGUGGGAGGCAGACUGCAUGUGAGUGAUGCCGGCCUGUUGGGGGGGGGGGGGGGGGGAGAGAGAGAGACUCACUCACUCACUCGGGGCUGAGUGGUUAGGGGAAGGAGAGCCUCUUAAAGCGCAGAUGCCCACGUUUCACUUAACAACUGUGACAAAUUCAGCCCUUCCCCUUCACUGUUAAAGACUGUACCCUCCUGACUGUCUGGCUAGUGUUGACCCUGGCUCAGUGAGAAUGAAUCUGAGAGGGUAUUCAGGGUGUGUGGAAUUGGUUGUCACUUGUCAGGCUGGCUGUCUGGCACUUAGCUAUUAGUGUACCAUUUAUAAAGAUGGGUUGUCAUGGUGCUGUCCUGCUUUGGAUAACACACAGAUCAUGUAGAGAGCUUUCUGAUGCUAGUUAUGAGUAAGCAUCUGAACGGUGGGCUCAGGAGUACAUUAGCUUUAAGGAGCAAAGCUGCGUGGGAAGAAGUGAAUCACCAUGGAAGAGAACAGAACAGCAUAGGAACGGAACGUAGCAUGUCUGUGGAACUGGAGUCAUGGCAACCCUGAGCCUAGAUGGUCUCCUCCUUGAACAGCCUCUAGCAGUCAGUGUUUUAAAAAACUUAAUCAGUGAGUUGUCUCUCACAUCUGAGAAUAGUUCUGUCUCAUUAUGUAUUGAUCUUGGGUCUCUCGUCUGUGCAGAAUCAUUUAUUCAGAGACUACACUUAUGAUAAUGCUUAUUUUAACUGGACCACUGUGAGAAACCUCUUCACCUCUCCUUCCUUACCGUCCCCCUCUUCUGUUUCCCCUCUUUUCUUUCAGAUUCCACCUUCUUCCCUGGUCGCUGUGCUGAGAUCUUUGCGCGAGGGAAGAGCAUAGGACGCCUCGGGGUCCUUCACCCUGAUGUCAUCAACCGCUUUGAGCUCACCAUGCCAUGCUCCGCCCUGGACAUCGACAUCGAGCCCUUCCUGUGAUGUCACACGCCGAACCUGUAACACCACCAAACUCAUCAACCAACACAGGUUCAUCUACUCAUGCUCAGUCCAUCUCAACACAGGCUUUCCCAGCUCCAGCAGAGUACGGCCCAACCUGCCCCAGCGGAACUCACAUUUUCACGCAAAUCUCCCAUGGACAUCACAUUGAAAACUUGAGAUAUGAGUGCGAAAGUUAGGAUUCGGCCCCAAAUGAAUUGUUCAGUUUAUAUAAUGCGUGGUAUUUCUGUUGGACAAAUGUACAACUGUGUAUGAAGUAACCAUAGAAACUGUAGGCUGGUAGAUACAAAGUAUGUGGCUGUAUUUUUAUCUCCAUGGUAAUUAAUGUUAAUAUAAGAUGUCAGCCUGACUCAGUCCUGUGUUUCUGAAUUAAUCUCAGUCCUGCUUCACAUGAGCUUUAACCCAUAUACUGUACUGUACCAUUUAAAGACAUUGCUCUAAGCAAUAGUAUUGAUUCCAGUCAUUUACAUUUUAAAGGUUUGUCAUACAGUAUAUAGGCCUUAUGCACUGUAUGAGUAUUAAAUAACAGGAAGCCACGAAGCUGUGGUUCAACAGGUUUCAUUGUGGUGUGUCUGACUGGUAUGGUCUUGUUAGGUGGGUUAAUGCUCCUGGGCGGAGCGUCAUCUACUUGAUGAAAGAUACAACAGGACAUGAACUCUGACAUACGAUACAGUACUGUAACUAUGCAGGUGUUGCUUAGGUAUGUUUCAAUGUGAUGUGUGUGAUAGUGAGAAAAGAAGAAGGAGAUAUGGGCGGCAGGUAGCUUAGUGGGUA